AUGAGCUCAAAUUCUGCGACUCAGCGUGCUUCUGCCCAACGACGCUACAGGAGCAACCGGAAGCAAUAUCAAAGUUGCGAUCAUUGUAGGAAAGGACGACGAGGCUGUGAUGCGGUUCGCCUCGGCAUUGAUCCUCUGGGUCAAGUCGAUCCAAACAACCGCUGCUCUAUGUGCCAAAGGUACCGGAAACAAUGUACAUUCGAAUGGCUACGCAGUGUUCCAGUGGAUACUCUGCCACAACGCAUCAAGACAAUGUUUGGAACCCCUUCUCAGAGAUUCCAGGAGAACUCCACUUUAUCCUCCUUACCGGUAAUGCCAUCAGACGCUAGCUCUCUUCUAGCGACCAAAACUACCCCUCAAGAUAUCUUUCACAACAAAGGUACCUCAAAUCCCAGAACCACUGGGUUUGGUCGUUCAUUUCUUGACAUUGACCUGCGUGAAACUCAAGAUGAGACGCUUCCCUCGCUCUUUUCGGGUUCGUCGAAUGGCCUAGAUUUUCCUGGAUUAUCCCUUGAAACUGUCCAGAGCCACGCGUGGCAUGAACUAUACAACGAGCAACCCGACAACAGUAGACACACAAUUCCAGGGACAACCCUACCUUCAGAUUCUAGCUAUGACUUACUGUCUGGGACUACGGCCUCUGACUUCCCGGUGCCUAUCUAUGAAGAUGCUGACUUCCAAGCAAGGCGUGCGCAGUCGGAGGUUCUGGACCCAAAAACAUUACAGCAAGCAGACCUGUCCGCGGGUUGGCCUCCAUUUCCAUUGGAGUGGCAUUCCAUGAAUGAACGACCAGGUCCGGCAAUUCCACUCUCAGAGCCAACGGCAAAGUCAUAUUACAACGAAUCACAUGCACCACGAUUAAGUCCGCAAGAAAGCCAACUUGCGGACACUUCGAAUAAGACUGCGGUUGCCGAAGGCUUGAUGAAGAUCUACCAGGAUAGCUUGGAGAAUGCGCUAUCAUGUUGGAUCACUGCAGAGAAUUGUCCAUACAAUAUAAAACUGAGGAAAACUCGACAAAGGACGCUCAGCGAUGUUAUUUAUUCACCCAGUGCAUCAAGCAGCCUCUACAGCCGCGUCUUUGAACUUGAUGCUGGUUUUUCCUCGCUGAGAAGUCGACCGCUGACGCGAGCUGAACAUUCUGGUUCCUCGAGAGCACUCAAACUUGCCAUUGUAGCUUUUGCUAGUCAAUGGUCAUAUUCUUCCCAACUCUCCCCAUCAGAUGCAAGGUGGGUCAACCGGCUCUCCUUCGAGGACAGAUAUGCAACAGAAAGGCAACCCAGUCCUGACCAUGAAGCAAUGGACACUUAUGACUUUGAAGGCUUGCUACGACAGAGUGUUUGGAACGAAGCACGAAGAUGCAUCGAUCGAUGGAAAUAUUGUGGCUCCUUUCGGGUCAUCUUUGCCAUCAUCAUGUUUUCCUUGACUCAACAACCACCGAAUGAGGACGAACUUGGUGACUCGAGUGACGAGCCUUCAGAACCACUAGAUCCGCAAAUGCCGAGUCAAGGCGAGUACCUUCUCAACCCCAGGCGCCCUCUCAUGCCACAAUCAUAUUCGCCGACAAUUUCCGGCGGUGUUUUGACAAGCUCUCCAAGCAAUCCACAGAUUUCAUCCUUCUCAAGAGGCCUCCAUGAUGGCUCCGGCUCUCUUGGAACUGCGAUACAUCAUCUCCUCAACUGGAAAGCGAGGCUAUUGUCGUACUCACAAGAUCAUGGAAUGCCCGCGGACACUUCUAUCAAUGCAAAUCGUACCAGAACCAGUCUCCUAGAUCCCAAAAGCCUGUAUGACUUCAAUCUGGUUUUCUGGCUAGGGAUAAUGUACGAUACGACAGCGUCUGUACUUGGGCAGAGCUCAUUGAUAGCCCCAGACAGUGACACGUUGAUGUAUUUUGAGCUAGGCUCUUCAUGCAACACCCGAGCAGUCAAAGCUUUCGAAAAUCUGCAGACCCCCUCGGGCAUGACAACCAACAAAACGCCUUCCCUCGUGAACAUCUGGGACUCGUACAUAAUUGAGGUCGACGAGGCCCGAUCAUCAAAUCUGGCAGCAGAAGGCGUCUUCUCUGCACAGCUAGACACCAAGACUCUUCAGGCGGCAGUUCCUCUCAAGGUACUGUUUUGGCGCAAAAUCAGCAAAAUGCAGCAGGUGUUUUCCCAACCAAAAAAAACAUCACCAGCCGAAGUCGAAAGUGUGAUCAAAGAAGCCUUGCGCGUGCACGACUAUUGGAUCAUGGAGUACGACACAUUCUUCAAAGCCUGCGUGGGUGCCCACUCCCAGCUAUCGUUCCAAGUCCAGUCGUGGCACCUCGUCUUGGGCAUGGGAUGGAACUUGGGCUGUCUUCUCCUGGCCAGAUGUAUCGAAUUUGCCGAUCAAAACUCCAAGUCUGAAAGGCUCGGACGAAGUCUCCGUGCUUCUUCGGCGUUGGUGAACCAGCUGAGGAAGUCGGGUGCGUAUUCUAUAGCCAAUCUGGGUAGGGCGUCUGGUUGGCCCGUGUCGAAUUCCACAUCUCCAGCGGGCAGUAACAAAGACAUCCAUUUCGCCAUAAGCCAGAGUGCCAUUCUCGCCGAGCCACACCCGGACAAACUCAUCCGGGCUCUCGAAAUGGCGUGCCAAACUCUUCUGGACUGGCUCCAGUGUUGGCGAUCCCCCACUGAUGCCACCCGUCUAGAGGACCGAGAGUGGCUCUAUGCCAACACGAGCAGCGACGAGAUAUCCCGACACUGUGUCAGUUGUAUUGAUGCUCUUAAAGUCCUGAGGAGGAAUUCUGAUGCCGUAAACCCUAUCAUUUAUCGUCUUACAAUGCAACAUAGGUUGUUGGAGUUGGGACACGAGCUCCAGACAGAAUCAGGUCUUUUCUACACCUCCUGA